AUUCAAUUACCUAUCAAGUCAUUACUCUCUAUAACCCAAACCAAAUGGCCCCCUUUCAAAAAGCCUUAUCAAACUUUUCAAAACUUUCUACUUCUUCUUCUUUCUUUCUUUCUAACCUUACUUGCCAAUAGAAUUUUACAUAUGUUUUUUUGCUAUUUCUAAAGUAGUACGCUUUCAAAUUUGUCCAUAGAGAAUUAAUUUUCAAGAAUGAUAAGUUUCUUCAGAAGGAAAGUACCAGUCUUAUGGAUGGCUAUUAUAUUAAUCUCUAUUUUUGGUCAUUGUUAUGGUUCAAGAAGCAAUUCACAAGUAUUCAAUCCAAUAAAUAGCCAAAGAAACUCUUACAAUCAUGGCCAUUUUUGGAACUUAUUGCCAAAAAGAAUCCCAAUUCCAGCUUCUGGUCCAUCAAGAAAACAUAAUGACAUUGGUUUAAAGAGUACUUGGAGAUUACCUUGAAGGUUAUUUCAAGAAAUUAUAUUAUUGGGAAUUUUUAUUUUUUUAUGGUCAUGGAAGGUUACUACCUACUAAUUCUUCUUCUUCUUAAUUUCUUGGAUGAACACUUGUACAUUUUUUUGGGUAAUUUUAAGAACUUUUUUCUUUUGUUUAUUGACUUAAGCCUUAAGGGUUGUGUUAGGUUGAUUUAGUUCUAUGGUUUUUUUUCUUUUUUUUGGUCAUGGUGACUACAAGGGAAAUUAAAUGACAAGGGGAGAAAAAGAAAUUAAGAACAUUUUUUUUGUGGUUUUGUGGAUCAAAAUAUAAUUGAUCAUAAUCUAGCUUGGAGGUGGAGGUGGGGGUAUUUUGGUCUUAAUUAAUAUGCUUUGAAAAGCUUUGUGUAUGUAAUUCUGUAUACAUAGAAGAGAUCAUGAUAUAAUACA